AAGGUGGCGCCCGUUUCCACGGCAACGGCCGCGAGCUUUCAAACGGGGCCGCGUUCGAAACGGCCGCCGGCUGCUCCGCGACCGCCCGGCCAGCGGAACGAAGAUUACUGUUUCACCUUUCGUUAGAGUCGGUGUUUUUGUAAGUGCGAGGACGAGUCGGCGCCCCCUGAUCUGAUUAUUUCUGCAGCUCCAAUGCGGAGUCCUUGGGACGGGUGGCGGGGAGGCCCGGAGCUGGCCGCUCGGUGGGUUCAAGUUCGUUCACCUCACGCCGUGGUUUGCGCCAAUAUCACCCGCUUUCGGCUUCAGAGCGAUUGAAACUCGAGCUGCGUGGCACCGACAGCUUCUGGAAGAAUUCAGUUAUUUUUAUGGAAAUAGCCAACAGUUCAAAUACAACUUUACAUGAAAUAGCUUUGAGUCAAGUUCAUUAAAAUCUGUUACAUCAUGGGUCGACUUACAGUGGAUCUAAUUGCUAAAAAUAGUAUCCAUGUAAAGAACAGAAGAGAUGAACCAUUGGAACAAUACCUAAAAAAAUUGACUCAUCUAAACUUUGCAAAUAAGAAUAUUGAUGAAAUUGAUAACCUCUCGAUAUGCAAGAACCUGUCUGUUCUAUAUUUAUAUGACAACAACAUCACACAGAUUCAUAACUUAGAUUUUGCCAUAAAUCUCACCCACCUCUACCUGCAGAACAAUAACAUAACGCAUAUUGCAAAUCUCUCCUCGCUGCAAAACCUCACUAAAUUGUAUCUAGGUGGCAAUUGUAUUUCUGUGGUGGAAGAAUUGGAGGGAUUAACAGAGCUCCGAGAAUUGCAUAUAGAGAACCAGCACCUUCCUCUUGGAGAGAAGCUGCUCUUUGAUCCUAGGACUCUGCAAUCUCUAAAAAAAUCCUUGUGUGUUUUGAAUAUCAAGAAGAAUAAUAUUGAUGAGAUCAAAGAAUUGGCUUGUCUUGGGAACCUGACUCAGUUUAUAGCUGAAGACAAUCGUAUUCAAGAUAUAAAGGAACUGGAAUAUGUCUUGAGCCAAUGGCAAAAACUCUGGUAUCUGAACCUGAGUGGAAAUCCUGUGUGCCAGAAAGCAAAAUACAGGGAUAAAAUAAUGGUGUUGUCUACAAGCCUAGAGGUCCUUGAUGGAAAAGAGAUAAAUAAUACAGUCAGACAGUUUUUAUUAAACUGGAAAGCUUUCCGAGAAGCCAAGAAGAAAAUUGCCACGGAAAAGCCGGAGGAACAGGCUACCCAACAGACAUUAGAUCAUCCGCAAGUAAUUCGGAACCAGGCACUUAGGAGCUAUACAACUCCCGGUAUACGUAGAUUCAGGAAACCUGUUGAUCAUCUUACGAAGAUUCCCAGCUUUCCAUACUCUAGAGGUGAUGGCAAAAGUGUUUUACCACCAGUACUUGAGUCGAAGGGCAUGGGCGAUGGUGUGGACAGAAUCGGAUGUUCCACAUUCCAAGGCGAAAGUGGGGACUGCAGUUGCUGGAGAUCAGAGUCAAGAUUAGAGUGGUGCUAGAAAAGCACAUCAGGCAGCACCCAAGGAGCAGGAAAAUCAACGUUUCGGGCAAGAGCCCUUCAUCAGGAUAUUUUACAUCCCAAUGUCACCCAAGGUUCUUUCAACAUGCCAUGCUUCCUUGCCCCAGUGGGACAAAUGUAUCCAGCACUAUCAGCAAGUGCUUCCUAAAAAACCUCCAUACUUCGGUCAUGCCUUUCCCUGAGAACAUCUGUUCCCAAUUUAAGUACCCCAAUUCCUGCCCAAAGGCAUUGUAAUUUCCCCUUCCCCCAAGUAAAUUCUUUCCCAUACCGUCUGCUCCUAUCCCUCUCCAUGAGUUUGGGAAAGGUCAGGGAGUAGUGAUCACUAUCACUGAAAUGCUCUCCCACCAAGAAAUCUGACACCUGGCCUGUUCGUUGCCAAGCACCAGAUCCAAUGUGGCCUCCUCUCUAGUCAGCCUAUCUACAUAUUGCGUCAAAAACCCUUCCUGGUCCCUCCAGACAAACACUGCUCCAUCCAAACUAUUUGAACUCAGGAGGUUCCAAUCACUAUUAGGGAAGUUAAAGUUACCCAUGACAACAACUCUUAUUUCUGCACCUUUCCAAAAUCUGCCUCUCAAUCUGCUUCUCCAUGUCUCCGUUGCUAUUGGGUGUCCUCCUUCCUUUCUGAAGUCGAUG